AAUGAACUGGCAAAGAACAAUUCAAUACAAGUACAUCUAACUAGAAAAACUGGUUGAACAUGUCAAUUCACUAAUAGCUCCUCAGGAUCGUAUGCAAGAGUGAUGGAUAUCACUGAAGAAGAGUGAUGGAUGUCACUCCAAACGUCCGUUUUUUAUCCAGUUGUCGAGAUUGAAUUGUAUUUGAAUAAGUUAGCCUUUGUUUUUUUUUCUCAAAAGCGGCCACCACAGGUGGCUUGGGUCUUCCCCUUGGCACCAUGCAGCUUCUACCAUGUUACAGUUGAUAUAAACAAGACUUAGUAACGCACAACAAAACCGAAAUGUACGCUAGGGAGAAGUGGUAAGUGAUACUUGGCAGGCGGCAGGGACCGAAGGAAAAAUAGCAUGCCUUCUAGAUCUUUCCUUAGUGACCUAAGUACACGUGAUCUCUGUUUUAUUACAGUUCAUUGCAAAAUUAUUGCUUUGCCCUGGGUAAAGAAAUUUUCUCCUUGAAGUUGAAACAUACAUCAUGUGAAGAGGACAACCCUGAUGAUAAUAUACAAAAAUGAUUUACAAAAUACACAGUCGAUUUACCACUGAUAAAUAGUAAAUAAUGUUAGUGGUUCUCCAGUAUACCCUAAGUAACCUACUAACAUUUACUAGCUUUUAUACAUGUAGAAACAUCGAUUGAUUCGUUACGUACUUAGAGUUUUAUAGAGUUAAACCUUAUCAAUAGAAAUCAAUCGUUAGAAAUUGAUCUGGACAUCAUUAACGUUACGGCAAAGUUUCAAUAGUUGCAUAAACCUGUACAACGCCAAUGCCAACUGAAAUCGCUAACACUGACAAAUCUUGUCAAUGGCCCUUAACAGUUUCCACUUUACAGAUAAAAUAGAAAGUCAUUGCCAAGACCUUUAAUUUCUUUUUCUAGUUAUUGUGAGUCCAAAGUCCAACUGAAAGAGAAUGUCAGUAGUACGUGAAGAGAUAAAUGGAUUAUUAUUAGCAUCGAAGUUUGCAGCCAAGAAUGUUAAAGUCAUUGUAUGAUACCGUUCUGGGAACAGGGAUUUGCUAGUAUCUCUCUCCUUUACACAAUGGUUCACUUUGAACACAGGAAGUAACGCGUUCAAUGGUAAUUUGUAGCCUCUUAGAAUCAACUUCAGAUUUCGACUAUACCAGGCUCCACGUAUUAUACUUGCCUAGAGAUGGGAGCAAGCCAAGUUGCCUUUUAGAGAGAUUUUUUCUUGUUUCGCUGAGUUUCACAGUGUUAAAGUCACUGCUUUUCGUCGGAUAGCGAUAAAGCUGUACUGCAAAGCAAGUGUAUACAUAAGAAUAUGUAGGUCGACGAUACAUGUGCAUAUGGAGGACCUUCGUCCUUGACCUUUGAAAGAUUGAUACUGGUUAUAAUGGCACCUUUGCAUAAAUCGAAAUAAAGAUCGUAAAGACUUGUGCCGGCUUGUAGUGGGUGGAGGGAGAAUCCGUAACGUGCACAUUCGAGAAACCGCAAACCGCACUGGUCAAAGAGCAGUCAAACCCUAACAACCAUCUUCGCUCAAUUCCCCCAGGCACAUGGUUACAGCGUGUACAACGUAUGUCUUAACAAAUUGAUUAAUUGUGAAGGUUUUAACCGUGUACAGACAACGUGCUGUGUGUGUUAGGAUGCCAUAGAUCCAUAGCAUGGAUAUAGUAGUCAUUCCUUACUGAAUAUAUUGAAUACUUGUCACUGCAUGCCUAAAAUACUUUCACAACUGCACGGCUAAUAACAAAAGCUGACCCAUUUUUAAGUACUGACUGUACAAUUCGUCAUGACGAAUGUCGAUACACCGAAUUGUUGAAAGACGGUAGACAUAUCUAGGAAAUGCCGUGUAUGCAUCUCCAAUGGGUGUUUAGAUCCCAUAAAGCAAUUCUAAAUAUCUGACAUUACUAGCAUGCUUCCCCGUGGAAAGAAUGGUUUAGAUUAUGGGACUGGUUGGACCUAUAUUGUCACAUGAAAUUCUUUAGCUUGUCCGGACGUUAUUGGGUCACCCUUCGCAAGGGUCAUUUCAAAGAGGAUGUCCGAGCGGUGACAGAACCCGGUCCGCAAGGUGCAAAUGUUAAACCAACUAUAUGUAAAAGCAAACACAGCAGCGACAAGUGACAGUACACCACUUCCAGAAGUGCCGUGAAGUGUACUAAGUGCUAGUGUAAGCUGAUUCGGUUUUCCUGUGAGAAUUGCUCAGUAGAAAGGUUAACCAUACGAAUGAUGUAAGCUGAAAACUUGUGAUGAGCAUCUAUCAGGAUGUCAAGACGGUGUUGGACUAUACAAGUCAAUGUGUACCUCUGCAGUGGCAAUGAUUAAGUGAGUAGAUUGUAUCAUGACAGUCGUUCAAACACUCAUUGUUAUCAGACCCGGCAAACAAUUAGUCAUACUUGGCAGGGAAACACGAGAAAAUGUGCUGAUCCUCCAUGUCAUUAGCGAAGCGUACGGCCGAGGUCGGAACAGUAAAGUGGUCAAAGCACAAGCGAGAUUGGGGCGAAAGAAUGCGAAAACUCCGAUAUUACGUCGUUAAGGUAUGCACUUCAUUGCGACUUCAAAGAAAAAGAAGGGGCUAAAAAUGGAGAAGUUAACUUCUAAAUUUUCAUCGAGACGUGGUGCGACGUUGUACAAAGUACAGAACACAGUGGGAAUGCUACGGUACAAGUGGACUGAACUCUUCCCCCUUGUCGCCAUAUCAACGUGAUUGGCAGCUUGUCAGCGCUUGGGAUCAGAUGAUUGGGCCAAACGACACAAUGGAUUGGUCCACAGCCCCCUAUCAGCUCACAAUGAAUAGUCAGCCCGCUCCCUAUAAAGCACCGUGUCAGUCACAGAGUCGUUCGCAUGCCACUAGCUGGGUGCCACUGUUCAGCGUGCUUAGCAACUCCUCGGGACGGACGCCUCUGUAGCCAACACCAUCAACCAUCAUGUUUCUCCACCAAACUCUAGUCUACACGAUUCUGCCGUUAGUUUACUGCAUGCAUAUGCACGCCAACGACGUCGACACUGUUGAGGCCCUGCAGUGGACAACAUCGGAAGAUGUGAACGUGAACAGCACCCGGGAGCGCCCAAGCGGGUCUUCGGUCGACGCGGCUCCGACCACUGCGUACGGGGCAGAGGCAACACCGCCCCCGGGAGAGACAUCGAAGUGUGGCGCUUCCUGCACGCGAGGACAGGAACGAGAGAUGCGAGUAGAAACCUUAAAAAGGCACAUUCUUGAUAAACUUGGUUUGAAGAGAUCACCAACCAUCCCCAGAAAUCGUACCCUUCCAAGAGCGCCACCAAUGCAAAGUCUUCUCGAUCAAUAUGGAUUUUAUCCGGACAGGUCAGGAAAUAUCGUAUCUGCAGAAGACAUUACACAAGCUUUCCAGGGGGAUUCGCCCGCCAGUUAUAACUACCACCUAGUGGAUACAGAGAGAAGACAUUAUGAGGAUGUAGCAGAGACAGAGACUGUUAUAACCGUUGCAACACCCCCUCCAGUUGCACCCUUCAACGAGUCAGGCUGUUGCUUCUUCAAGUUCGGGCGCCACGUCUCAAGAACCAAAGUGAACAAAGCCUUCCUGUGGCUGCACGUGAGAGCUGCAGAAAACAUGCAGUCUACAUCCAUUCCGCUCAAGAUCUACCGGAUCGCCCCAGCAUCGUCGGCCUACCCAGAGCCGUACAAGAUCCUGAUCUCCAGCCAUAAAAUCACGGACGUGAAGCCGAACGAAGGCGUGUGGGUGUCGUACCCCAUCAGGGACCAGGUGCGGAGGUGGUUCCACAACCCCGCGGAAAACCUCGGCAUCGUCAUAGAGACUUCGGAGGCAGGGAAGGAUCUCAUAGUGCUAGACCCCAAGCCUGGAGAGGAACCAUUGCAACCCUUCCUGGUGAUGCACACACAUGACCCCGGUACCGUGCGGAGGAAGCGGAUGGCAGGUCUGAACUGCGAGCAGGAUUCUAACGAGGAGCGGUGCUGUCGCUACCCGCUACAGGUCGACUUCCGCGAGUUCGGCUGGGACUGGAUCAUCGCUCCCAACACCUACCAGGCCUACUACUGCGCCGGGGACUGCCCACCCAUCUUCCUCCAGAAGUAUCCUCACACACACCUCGUCCAGCAGGUCAACAAGGCAGGGUCAGUCGGACCGUGUUGUACGCCCACCAAGAUGUCCAACAUCUCCAUGCUGUAUUUCGACGAUGACGGAAACAUUAUUUAUGCUAAACUUCCCGACAUGAAAGUCGACAGGUGUGGAUGCUCUUAGCUGGAUAAUUGAAACUGUAAACGGAAAAGUCGGUGACGAAGAUUUUUGUGACCCUGCCAGAAAAGUCGUACAAAAGCUAUGAAAGGUAACGUGAAUUUGUACAAGCGUGACUUUCUUGUGUCAUGUGUCUAAAACGAUCUUUUGACGAGUUUUAAAAUUCAACCGUUGGGGCUAAGUACGGCUGGUCUAAAGGGUCAAUCACCCGCUUCCUCAGGCACGAAAACAAGAAAAAUUAGAGCCGUAUGCACUAAAAUGGAGAAAGAUUCGUAAGUGAAAUUAUUCCUUUACCGUUAUAAUGACAUAGUAAAUGCUAUAUCUCCUGCCUGGGGAAGAUAGGUGAUGCAACUAUGGUGCAAUCGUUAGGGGAAAAAAUUUAAAAAUCAAACUUGAAAUGUUUUCAAUGCAAACUGCAGUCGACUACCACGAUACAUGAAGGUGCAAAUGAAACAACUGCAGUCGAUUUAUUGUUGACAAUAACCAUUUCCUUCCUGCUAGUGUGAAUGUGAAAGAGCAGUGAAUUUAGUAGUGAUCUGAUAGUUACCCCUCAAUGACGUCCUAGGCAUGAAAUGCCGAGACAGAGCAUGUCAGCCGAAUGAUGUAGGAUUCUGCAUUCCUCACUAUUGUGAAACAUUCUAAUGAUAAUUGGUUGAGAACCCAAACCUUUGUAGAGUGCUUAUAUUUUUAUACAUUAUUGUAUGUGAGGCAAAACUCUGUUGACAGAAAAUCAUGUGGACAGUGUUGCUGCGAAGCAGUGAGUGUGAUCACAGUUUUAGUCUAUAAUUUACCCUUUUAUGUUGACUUAGAAUGUUAUGUAGUUUGUUAACACUUUCUGUAUAACACGCUCCAAACGGAGAUCACUGACUUGGUUAGCUUACUACAGGAAGCUACAGUAAUAUGUAAGUAGGACACCGGUCCUAAACCUUGGACUGACGACUAGUGUAAACCAAAUGUACGGAGCGACUUGGCGAAAUUACAUUAACUUGCUGUUGCUGCUUCAAUAUUUACGAAUGCAUUAUCAAUAUUCAGAAGAACAGUAUGCGUACCAUGUAACAAUGAUAAUCAACUUGUAAAAGUAUCCAUAUCAUUUUUGAGAGUGGAAAUGUGAAUGAACAGAUGACUGAAAAUAACUUUCUUCUUGACUUAUAGACACUAUUGAACAGUUUAUGUUAACAGCUUUCUUCAGAUAAUGCGACAAACUAUUGCUACAGCCAUUCCUGUUUAAGACAACCACCUUUCAGGCGUAACACUGUCUCCUCGCUAAACAUGAAGCUGUGAUGAAGAUAUUACCUGAUAGGCACUAGCCGCAUUUACUCGGUGGAAGGCGCACAAGUCAGACUUGUUAAUGAUUGAAAAGGACUAGCCCUGCCUGUAGAAAGAAGAGAAGAUUAUGAUGUAUUUGGGAUAUAGGACCGUAUGUAUGAUUGUAUAGAGAGAUUCUUAUAUUCGUCCUGAAACUAUGUGUAAACCAAGUGUGUUCUGCUGAUUUGUUGGGUCUGGAUAAAUGUAUAAGGACAUUGUGUUGUUUAGAUAACCUUGCCUGCCCACAAGGGGUGUAAAACUAAGUGAUAACUAUUUGGGCAACCUAGCCGAAAACAACGACUGUGGUGCUUUUUAACGGACAUGUUCCAGUCAUGUUUAAUAUGCUGCAUGUGUUGUACACUAUCAAGGUGCUAUGAAAGAUGGACGGUUCAAAUGACAGUUAGUAUUGAAUGCCUCCAGUCUUUGGCGGUUUAGAUAGUAGAGAACUAAAGUGUGAAGACAUCAACCCUACAUAGAUUCACGCAACCUAUGGCUGAGAUCCACAAAGAUACUUAUGAUUCUUGUCUACUUGAACACUAUUGCUUGUCCAGAGCAUGAAAAGCUGUACCUAAUAUAGAUUUUGAGGCACCGUCAUGUGUGAGGAAUCGUGUGUACAUGUGAACAGUGAUGAUGAGAUCGUGUUGCAGUGUAAUGAAAACUCACGAUUGAAUUGCUGAACUGUCUGAGGAAUAAACAACACGCUGUUCAAAUCAAUGA